ACGAUCGACGAUGAAGUUCUGGCUGGGAAUUACGUUGGCUCUGUUGGCCUUAGCCCAAGGCAAUGGCAGUGUCUUUGAGAGGACCUUCAAGCGUCUUCAUGAAGAACCCGAACAGCCGGCCACUCAGAACCGAGCUGACAUAGUGCAGACCCUGUGGAUUGAGCAGAAAUUGGAUCACUUUGAUGCCUCAGAGACACGCAGUUGGCAAAUGCGCUACAUGCUCAAUGAUGCUCUUUACAAGUCCGGUGGACCCCUGUUUAUUUAUCUCGGCGGAGAAUGGGAGAUCUCUUCAGGAAUAAUAACUGGUGGCCACAUUUACGACAUGGCUAAGGAGCACAAUGGUCUUUUGGCCUACACUGAGCAUCGCUAUUACGGACAGAGCAAGCCCCUUCCUGAUCUCUCCAAUGAGAACAUCAAGUAUCUUACUGUUAAUCAGUCCUUGGCUGAUCUUGCUCACUUCAUCGACACCAUCAAAUCGACUCAUGAGGGUCUAGCCGACUCUAAGGUCAUCAUUGUGGGUGGCUCCUAUUCCGCUACCAUGGUCACCUGGUUCAAGAAAGUGUAUCCCGACAAGGUGGCCGGCGGAUGGGCGUCCAGUGCGCCACUCUUGGCCAAGGUUAACUUUGUUGAGUACAAGGAAAUCACUGGGCAAUCCAUCAAACAGAUGGGUGGCUCCGACUGCUACCAGCGUAUUGAGAACGGUAUUGCCGAGAUGGAGACCAUGUUCGCAACCAAACGCGGAGCUGAGGUUAAGGCCCUUCUCAAGCUGUGCGAACCCUUCGAUGUCUAUAGCGACCUGGAUAUCUGGACUUUGUUUAGCGAGAUUUCCGACAUCUUUGCGGGCGUGGUGCAGACUCAUAACGCUGGUAAAAUCGAAGGUGUUUGCCAGAAGAUAAUGUCGGGUUCGAAUGAUCUCAUUGGUGUUGCCGGCUACCUGUUGGAUGAGUUCGGUGAGAGCGGAGCCAAGUGCUACGACCUGAGCUAUGAUGCUAUUAUUGGAGUGCUCCUGGACACCACCUAUAACGGCAAUAUCAUGCGCCAGUGGAUAUUCCAGACCUGCAAUGAGUUCGGUUGGUAUCAGACAUCCGGCUCAAGCGACCAGCCCUUCGGCACCAAGUUCCCCGUCACCUUGUACACCACCAUGUGCGCUGAUAUUUAUGGCUCUCAGUAUGGCAACGCGUUCAUCACCAACCAGGUGAGCACCACCAAUGCUUACUUCGGUGGGUUGUCUCCGGGCGUGGAAAAUGUUUACCUAACCCAUGGACAAUUGGAUCCCUGGAGGGCCAUGGGAAUUCAGGAUGCAGAUCAGGCAACCGUCAUUCCAGAGUAUGCUCACUGCAAGGAUUUCAAUUCGAUCAGCUCCAGUGACACGGCUGAGAUGAAGGCCUCUAAGGAACGCAUUGCCGAAUUGGUUCGCGAAUGGGUUAAAUAAUCUGAGAUAACCGCUCAGUUAAUGAAAACUCAGUAUAUAUAUACAUUUCCUACACGCAGCAUAUAUGCUUUAACACAAUCAAGAUAAUCGGCGAUAAGACUUAAAGGAAAAUCUAAUCAAUAUGUGUUACUGAUUGUUGAUUUGUAUCGAUUUGUCAAGAAUAAAACACGCCCUUUUUCAAGGA